AUAUUAACUAAAAAAUUAACUAAUAAAAUGAAUAUUACAGAAACAAUGGAAACAAACAAAAUUAAUAUACUGUCCACAGAUCCACGUGCCGACUACUAUAUACUAUGUAAUAGACCGGAACUAUUACUGUCAAUCAUAUCAGUCUAUCUGAUAAUAGUCACCCAAAUAGGUCCCCGAUUAAUGAAACCUAGAAAACCGUAUGAAUUGACCGAAAUACUGGUCGUACACAACGGUCUACUGGUGCUAAUCAAUGGCUAUUUUGUAUGGUUGGCCUUAAAUUGGCUAGAGUUUGGCCAGAAAUCAUUGCGGCCGUACGUACCCUUGGAUGACCAUCAACUAGUAUGGACUGACCGGAGCCGCGAAAUAUUUCACCAGAAAAUCCUAUAUUUUUAUACAAAACUUUUGGAUUUAUUGGAUACAGUUUUCUUUGUUUUGAGGAAAAAGUCACAACAGAUAACAUUACUACAUGUUUAUCAUCAUAUUUCAGCGCCAAUAUUUGUCUGGAUGUCAACCGUCUGGUGUCCUCAAGAGGUUAUACUGGAAGUGUUUUGCCUAAUAAACAGUUUAGUUCAUACAGUCAUGUAUUUCUAUUAUUUGUUGGCCGCGUUUGGACCGGUAGUCCAAUCGUCUAUCCGAUACUGGAAACACCAUUUAACACAAUUACAGUUAAUACAGUUUAUCAUACUAUUAGCCUAUGAUAUCUAUUGUCUAUUCAGUGAAGGUCUGGCCAAUUAUCCCCAGACAUACAAAUGGUUUGGUACUCAACAGCCGAUUAUAUUUUUGAUUAUGUUUUCACACUUUUAUAUCAAAUCGUAUACUAAAUCUAAAUCAAAUUAA